AUGGUUUGCAAGAAGUGCGAAAAGAAACUAUCAACAGUCGCUGCGCCAGACCCAUUUCAACCUUCAUCAUCAACGCGUAAGAUUGGCGAAAACAAACUAUUGACUGCCAGAUCGAGGGCUUCACCUUAUGUUAAGCCUGGUGCUGGUGGUAGUGGAAGUGUAAAGAAAGGUAGUAUAAAUCCAUAUGGAAAUAAAUGUAUAGAUUGUAAGCAAUCAGUCCAACAGAAUAACGCUACAAGAUGUCAGAAAUGUGCAUAUAAGAAGGGACUAUGCGCUAUAUGUGGUAACCUAGUCUUAGAUACUUCACGUUACAAACAGACCACAAAGUAG